AAGGAGGGGAAGAAGCGAGGCCGGAUUGGUCGCUUGGCGUUUUUAUCGUCGGCGUACGGUUUCCUGUGGCAAUCGUUGUAGGCCGCAGGCUCUGUGGGGGUUGGUGAGCAAGUGCAGAGGCAGAGACCGUAUAUCGGCGGUCGGGGAGGCCUUCCGUUUUUUGGGGGUGGGGGUGUGUCGCCCUCCUUCUCUCCUGGGACGGCGCCUGGGGAGAAGGGGGCUGAAGAGGCCGGAUUCAGCGCUGUCGUAAACCGAGCGGUCUCUUUCUGAGCCUGGGGCUGCCGGGGGAUAUGGAGGAAUGUGUGGGGCUGGAAGAACCGAGGACGUUGGACUUCACACCCAGCGAGCGGUAAACCGUGUGCUGCCCUGGGCGGCUGUUGACAGCUUCGGGCACUGAAGAAUAAUUGGAGAAGUGGGAACCUCCAGUUUGUAGCUAUGUCUGGGAUUGGGAACAAACGAGUGGCUGCGGAGACUAGCCCAUCAGCUCCUCCAGAGAAGAAGGCAGGAGUUGAGGACUCAGAGACCACUGUAGAGACUAUUAAGCUUGGUGGCGUUUCCUCAACGGAAGAACUGGACAUUCGCACACUUCAGACUAAGAACCGAAAACUGGCAGAGAUGCUGGACCAACGACAAGUUAUUGAAGAUGAGCUGCGAGAGCAUAUAGAGAAGCUGGAAAAGCGUCAAGCCACAGAUGAUGCUUCGCUACUGAUCGUCAACCGCUACUGGAGUCAGUUUGAUGAAAACAUUCGCAUCAUUUUGAAACGUUAUGACUUGGAUCAAGGCCUUGGGGAUCUCCUGUCAGAGCGAAAAGCUUUGGUGGUACCAGAACCAGAACCUGAUUCAGACAGCAACCAAGAGCGUAAAGAUGAGCGGGAUCGAGGAGAAAUAUUUGAACCUGCAUUCUCCUUUCUGGCUACACUGGCUAGUAGCACUAGUGAGGAAAUGGAAUCCCAACUACAGGAACGUUUUGAGUCUUCCCGCCGUGCAGUCACACAGAUUGUGACAAUGUAUGAUAAACUUCAGGAGAGAGUGGAUGUGCUGUCUCAGAAACUGAACAGUGGAGAUGUAUCCCUAAUGGAAGAGGCUGUUCAAGAACUGAAUUCCUUUCUAGCAAAUGAGAACAGAAGGCUGCAGGAAUUGGCUGAUUUGCUUCAGGAGAAACAUCGCUCUAUGUCUCAGGAGUUUUCCAAAUUACAAGGGAAAGUAGAGACAGCAGAGUCUCGUGUAUCUGUGCUAGAAACGACAAUUGAAGACUUGCAGUGGGAUACGGACAAAAUCCGCAAACGAGAACAGCGGUUGAACAGGCACCUGGCAGAUGUUCUAGAAAGAGUAAACUCAAAAGGAUACAAGGUAUAUGGAGCAGGUAGCAGUCUCUAUGGAGGUACAAUCACAAUCAACUCUCGAAAGUUUGAGGAGAUGAAUGCAGAACUUGAGGAAAACAAGGAGCUUGCCGAAAACCGUUUGAGUGAAUUAGAAAAAUUGCGUCAGGAUCUUGAGGAGGUGACAACUCAGAAUGACAAGCUAAAGGUGGAUCUAAGGCGGGCAGUGGAAGAGGUAGUGAAGGAAACUCCAGAAUACCGUUGCAUGCAGUCCCAGUUCUCUGUAUUAUAUAAUGAGAGUCUCCAGUUAAAAUCACAACUGGAUGAAGCCCGCACUUUGCUACAUGGUACCCGAAGUACUCACCAGCGCCAGGUGGAACUGAUUGAGCGGGAUGAAGUCAGUUUACACAAGAAAUUACGAACAGAGGUUAUUCAGCUGGAAGACACUCUUGCCCAGGUUCGCAAGGAAUAUGAGAUGUUGCGGAUUGAAUUUGAACAGACUCUUGCAGCUAAUGAACAAGCAGGCCCCAUCAAUCGAGAGAUGCGCCACCUCAUCAGCAGUCUCCAAAAUCAUAAUCACCAGCUAAAAGGGGAGGUGUUGAGAUAUAAGCGGAAGCUGAGGGAGGCUCAGUCUGACUUGAGCAAGACUCGUUCUCGCAGUGGCAGUGCUGUCCUGCACUCCCAAUCCAGCACUGAAGAUGCCAAGGAGGAACCACCAGAGAUCAAACAGGAAGCUGAGGAUCCUUCUCAUGCUGCAACCUCCAAGGGAGCGUCUGAGGAUGCCUUGGAAACUAAAUCAAAAAGAGAUGAAGAAGAACGGGAGAGGGAAAGACGAGAAAAGGAGCGGGAACGGGAGAAAGAAAAGGAGAAAGAAAAAGAAAGGGAAAGGGAAAAGGAGAAAGAAAGGGAAAGGGAAAAGCAGAAGCAAAAGGAAUCUGAGAAGGAGAGAGAAUCUACCAAAGAGAAGGACAAAGGGAAACAUGAUGAUGGAAGGAAGAGAGAAGCUGAGUUGGUCAAACAAUUGAAAGCAGAUCUUAAGAAGGCACAAGAGAGCCAGAAAGAAAUGAAGUUGUUGUUAGAUAUGUACCGCUCUGCCCCCAAAGAGCAGAGAGACAAAGUGCAACUGAUGGCUGCUGAAAAGAAGUCUAAAGCUGAGUUGGAAGAGCUAAGACAAAGACUGAAGGAAUUGGAGGAUAAGGAGAAGAAAGAGAGCAAAAAGAUGGCUGAUGAGGACGCUCUCCGAAAAAUCCGGGCUGUGGAAGAACAAAUAGAAUACUUGCAGAAGAAACUAGCCAUGGCAAAACAGGAGGAAGAAGCCCUGCUAUCUGAAAUGGAUGUGACAGGACAGGCCUUUGAAGACAUGCAAGAGCAAAACAUCCGCCUGAUGCAACAGCUGAGGGAAAAAGAUGACGCCAACUUCAAGCUCAUGUCGGAACGCAUCAAAUCCAACCAGAUCCAUAAGCUAUUAAAAGAGGAAAAGGAAGAGCUGGCAGACCAGGUUCUUACCCUGAAGACACAGGUGGAUGCCCAGCUGCAAGUUGUGCGCAAGCUGGAGGAGAAAGAGCAUCUGCUACAAAACAACAUUGGCACUGGAGAAAAGGAGCUGGGCCUGCGAACCCAGGCCCUGGAGAUGAACAAGCGGAAAGCUAUGGAUGCUGCUCAGCUAGCUGAUGACCUUCGGGCCCAAUUGGAGCUGGCUCAGAAGAAAUUGCAUGACUUCCAGGAUGAGAUUGUGGAAAAUAGUGUAACAAAGGAAAAAGACAUGUUCAAUUUCAAACGAGCCCAGGAGGAUAUUUCACGGCUACGAAGAAAACUGGAGACAACUAAGAAACCAGACAUGAUUCCCAACUGUGAUGAGAUCCUCAUGGAGGAGAUCAAAGACUAUAAGGCUCGCCUGACCUGCCCCUGCUGCAACAUGCGGAAGAAGGAUGCUGUGCUCACCAAAUGCUUUCACGUCUUUUGUUUUGAAUGUGUGAAGACUCGCUAUGACACUCGGCAGCGCAAAUGUCCCAAGUGCAAUGCUGCAUUUGGAGCCAAUGACUUCCAUCGGAUCUACAUUGGUUGAUAUGUCCAGAUAUGUAUGUCCAGAGGAUCUCCGCUGUCCACUCCCAUACCUGCCAUUCUUCAGCAGGCUGGAUACUGCUUAUUGCCAGCUAGGUUUCCCCCUAUUUUGACUUCUUUGUAAAGGAACAUCUUGGUUUA